AGUUGGCAAGGUUUGGCUACGGUGUAAUGCGAGCUCCUCUGCGCUGGGUGCUAUGGGAUGUGAAAGACACCCUGCUGAAGGUGCGUGCAUCUGUGGGAGAGCAGUACUGCAAGGAGGCUGAACGAGUGGGCUUGAACCUCAGUCCUGUGGAGGUCGAAGCUGCUUUCCGCCAGGUGUAUCGACAUCAUUCCAGCAGAUACCCAAACUAUGGCGUCACUCAUGGUCUGGAUGGACAGUCUUGGUGGAUGGGAGUGGUGCGAGACACUUUCUCCCAGUGCAGGGUACAGGACCCAGCCCUCCUAAAUACAGUGGCUCACAACCUUUAUCAUAACUUCUGCAAUGCAGAGAACUGGGAGGUAUUUUCAGACUCAAAGAAGACCCUGGAGUGUUGCUCUUCUCUAGGACUGAAGCUGGGUGUGGUAUCAAACUUUGAUAGCCGCCUAGAAAAGAUUCUACAUGUUUGUGGCCUGCGGUCUCACUUCAGCUUUUUGAUAACAUCAGAGGAAGCAGGUAUAUCAAAGCCAAGUCCAGCCAUCUUUGACCAGGCACUGCAGAGAUGUGGAGUACCAGCUACUAGUGUAGCUCAUAUUGGGGACCACUAUGUGAAUGAUUACCUCGCCUCUCGGUCUGUGGGCAUCCAUGGGUUCCUAUUAGACAGACACAACAAGCAUAACCAACCUGACGUUCCUCGAGAGCAUCGGCUUAGCUCCCUGGAGGAGCUGCCGUCACAGCUUCAACUUCACAUUGACUAAUGCCAAGAGUCAUGGGCUCAACUGCAAAGCUACUCAGCCUAACUGUGUUUCAGUUAAGGAACUAAUUUCUGGGAUGUAGCUAUGUUGACCUGAGUGUGCUAAACCACCUAAGUUCAUCUCAUCAAAUCUUUCAGUGACCCGUUGUGCCACAUAGAUGGGGUCGUUCUUAUCCUGAAAAGAGACCACUCCCAUCAGGAUAGACAUGUUUCAACAUUGUAUAAUAGUGACCACUCUGAAUAAGUUUGUAUUGAUUUGCAGUGACACCUGCCUCUUAAGGGAACAGAUGGAUCAAAAUGAUGCUUCCUGUAUGGAAGCAUUUGUUUGUCCUCUAAUUUAUUAAGGAUCUUCCCUUUGAAUGUCAUUUCUUAAAGGGAUAGUUUGGAUAUUUUGACGUGGGGUUGUAUGAGGUACUUAUCCACAGUCAGUGUAUUACUACCUACAGUAGAUAGUGGUCUUCAAAGCCACUAGACUUAUUUAACAAAAACAAUAACUUUACUUCACAAAGCACAGGAAUUGCUGGUCUACUGCAGCCUCGGUCGGUUUGUUUGUGUGUGACUUUGGUGAAUUUGAACUAACCCUUAAACAAACAAAUCGAUUGAGGCAGCAGUAGACCAGCAACUACCGUGUUCUGUAAGGUAAAAUAACUGUUUAUCAAAAGAGUCUGGUGGCUUUGAAGAGAGCAUAGAUUGAUAUAAACGCUUCAGACCGCCGUCGGAAAGGGUUGUCUGAUGCAAGGUAAAGCGGUGAAAAUAUUCUAAAUAUAGCAUACACUUACACUGAUGUUGAUUUUUUGAAGUGGCUAAAAUCCGUUUUGCUGUGCCCCACGCUGGCCCCUGUCCACAGCAGCACAUUGCUUAGCUACAGUGUCAGUACUGUUGCCUGCUUCUCCAAACUGGGGGCAUGCAGACCGCCAUCUACUGUAAUACACAGACUAUGGAUAAGUACCUCAUACAACCCCACUUCAAAAAAUCCGAACUAUCACUUUCAAAAUGAAUAUUGGCACAUGGCGAAGUAUUUUGGGAGUAUUGUAUAUCUUAUUAUAGAGUCGAUACAGAUUUAAGUCCGUUUUUCUUUAACUAGUUUUUUGUUGGUGUAAUAAACAAGUGUCUUUUAAAAUAACGACGGCCAAUAAUAUGAACUCCCCUUACAAAACCAAACCGAAGCCCUAUUCUUGUUAAAAGCACCACUUUUGUGAAUGUGUUAACUGGCAUGCAACAUGUAACAAUCUAACGUCUAAUGUAUCAACAAUCCACGCAUCUAACUAAUUAUAUGCACUCAUAACAAAAUGUUUGAGGCAUGCGUGCAUUUAGACUAAGAAAAGGUGGUACAUGAUCUUGGUAAGCAAUUUGACAACACUGUAGUAAAUAUUUUCAGUGCAUCAAAAAGUGUGCUCGUUAAGAUACCUCGCCCCCCCCCCCCUACAGUCCUGCAAUAGUAGAUAGAUAACAGGAAAUGAGGGGAGAGAGAUGGCAAAACAUGCAACAAAGCUCCCUGGCCAGACUUUAACCAUAGAUUUUGCAAUUGCAUGGUCAGCACUUAAUCUUUAUUUAUCUAGCCUUCCAUAAUUGACAUUGUUGCAGUUAAUGAGAGGCCUCUGUGGCUGCAGACCUGUUCACUUUUUCCAAUAAAAGGUUUUGGUCCCCACAAAUAAUUC